AUGGCAGACACACCCAUCGUCUUCAAUGAGCACUGUGUGCUGACGGCAUUGGGCAUUGCGCAGGAGGCAAUCAGCUUUGCGUCAUGUACCAUGGAGAGUGAGCGCUUCGUCUGCGUGAGGGAACAGGUCAGCGGCAACAACAGUGUUGCCAUUGUUGGCAUCGACGAGGCCUCCCCGAGCGUUAUGCGCCGCCCUAUCACAGCCGACUCUGCCAUCAUGAACCCAGCGUCCAAGAUCCUCGCCCUCAAAUCUGGCCGUCAGCUCCAAGUCUUCAACCUCGACACAAAGCAAAAGGUCAAAUCUCACAUGAGCGACACCGACGUCAUCUUCUGGAAGUGGAUCUCGACGACUGCUCUUGGCCUUGUCACCGAGACUGCCGUCUACCACUGGAGCAUCGAGGGCGAGUCUGGUCCGCAAAAGAUCUUUGAUCGACACGCCAGCUUGCAGGGCAGCCAGAUCAUCAACUACCGCAUCACCGAAGACGAGAAGUGGUGUGUGCUCGUUGGUAUCUCGGCCAACAAUGCGCCCAACGCCUUCCGAGUAAAGGGUGCGAUGCAACUCUACAGCAGGGAUCGAGGCGUCUCGCAGCCCAUCGAGGGUCACGCUGCUGCCUUCGCAGAGGUCAAGACGGACUCGGCGCCUUCACCGUUCAAGCUCUUUACCUUUGCCGUCCGCACUGCAACCGGCGCCAAGCUGCACAUCGUAGAGAUUGACCACCAGCAGGGCAACCCGACGUACACCAAAAAGGCCGUCGAUGUCUUCUUCCCCUCCGAAGCGCCCAACGACUUUCCCGUCGCCAUGCAGGUGUCGAAGCGCUACGGCAUCGUCUACCUUGUCACCAAGUUCGGCUUCAUCCACCUCUACGACCUCGAGAGCGGCACGUGCAUCUACAUGAACCGCAUCUCGGGCGAGACGAUCUUCACUACGGCAGAGCACGAAGCGACGAGUGGUAUUAUCGGCAUCAAUAGAAAGGGCCAGGUCCUCUCGGUCUCCGUCGACGAAAGCAAGGUCAUCCCGUACAUUCUCGGUACGCUCAACAACUCGGAGCUGGCCUUCAAGCUGGCGUCACGAGGUGACUUGCCAGGCGCCGACGACUUGUACAUGCAGCAAUUCCACUCGCUCUUCAGCACCGGCCAGUACGGCGAGGCAGCCAAAAUCGCUGCCAACUCACCGCGAGGCAUCCUUCGCACGACGCAGACCAUCGAGCAGUUCAAGCAGGUGCCCAACCAGCCCGGCACGCUCUCGCCCAUUCUGCAAUACUUUGGCAUUCUCCUCGAGCGCGGAACACUCAACAAAUACGAAUCGCUCGAGCUUGCCAAGCCAGUGCUGGUGCAGGGCCGCAAGCACCUCCUUGAAAAGUGGCUCAAGGAGAACAAGAUUGAGUGCUCUGAAGAGCUGGGAGAUAUCGUUCGUCAGCACGACAUGAAUCUGGCGCUGAGCGUGUACCUGCGCGCAAAUGUCCCCAACAAGGUCGUCGCCUGCUUCGCCGAGACGGGUCAGUUCAACAAGAUUGUCCUCUACGCCAAGAAGGUGGGCUACACGCCCGACUACGCGGCAUUGCUCCAGCACAUUGUCCGCAUCAACCCGGAGCAAGGAGCAGAAUUUGCUAGCAGCUUGGUGGGCGACGAGUCUGGGCCGUUGGUCGACGUUGAGCGCGUGACGGACAUUUUCAUGAGCCAGAACAUGAUCCAGCAGGCGACGAGCUUCUUGUUGGAUGCUCUGAAGGACAACAAGCCGGAGCAGGCUCACCUGCAGACGCGAUUGCUGGAGAUGAACCUGGUCAACGCCCCGCAGGUGGCAGAUGCGAUCCUGGGCAACGAGAUGUUCACUCACUACGACCGCCCACGCAUCGCCAACUUGUGCGAGAAGGCUGGCCUCCUGCAGCGAGCACUGGAGCACUACGAGGACAACGCCGACAUCAAGCGUGUCGUUGUCCACUCGAACUUGCUCAAUGCCGAGUGGCUGGUUGGUUACUUUGGCCGCCUCACUGUCGAGCAGUCUCUCGAAUGCCUCAAGGAGAUGCUCAAGGUCAACAUCCGCCAAAAUCUGCAAGUCGUCGUGCAGAUCGCCACAAAGUACUCUGACCUCCUGGGCCCCGUCAAACUCAUCGAGAUGUUCGAGUCAUUCAAGUCAUUUGAGGGCUUGUACUACUACUUGGGCUCCGUCGUCAACUUGUCGACCGACUCGGAGGUGCACUUCAAGUACAUCCAGGCGGCCACACGCACCGGUCAGAUCCGUGAGGUCGAGCGCAUCUGCCGCGAGUCCAACUACUACAACCCAGAGAAGGUCAAGAACUUUCUCAAGGAAGCCAAGCUGUCUGACCAGCUCCCGCUCAUCAUCGUCUGCGACCGCUACGACUUUGUCCACGACCUCGUCCUCUACCUCUACCAGAACAUGCUCGUCAACUUCAUUGAGGUCUACGUGCAGCGCGUCAACUCGUCGCGAACGCCACAGGUCAUCGGCGGCUUGCUCGACGUCGACUGCGACGAGGGCGUGAUCAAGAAUCUGCUUGGCUCUGUGACUGGCCCUAUCCCCGUCGACGAGCUCGUCGAAGAGGUUGAGAAGCGCAACCGCCUCAAGCUCAUCCUCCCGUGGAUCCAGUCCAAGAUCGACGCCGGCUCGCAAGACCAGGCGCUCUACAAUGCAGUUGCCAAGAUCUACAUCGACUCGAACAACAACCCAGAGUCGUUCUUGAAGGACAAUACGCUCUACGAGCCCCGCGUUGUCGGCAAGUACUGCGAGAAGCGCGACCCGUACCUUGCCUACAUUGCCUACGCCAAGGGCUUCUGCGACGAGGAGCUCGUUGCGAUUACGAACGAGAAUUCGAUGUUCAAACACCAGGCUCGCUACCUCGUUAUGCGCCGUCAGCUCGAUCUGUGGUCGCAAGUGCUGCACCCGGACAAUGUCCAUCGCCGCCAGCUCGUCGAUCAGGUCGUGACUACGGCUGUUCCCGAAUCGACAAACCCAGACGACGUCUCGGUGACCGUCAAGGCCUUUAUGAAUGCGGAUCUGCCUCACGAGCUCAUCGAGUUGCUUGAGAAGAUCGUCCUUGAGACGUCGUCGUUUGGCGACAACCGCAGCCUGCAGAACUUGCUCAUGCUCACGGCUAUCCGCACCGACAAGGGCAAGGUGAUGAACUACAUCGACCGCAUGAAGGGCUACGACGUGGCUGAGAUUGCCAAGAUUGCCAUCGACCACGGCCUGUACGAGGAGGCCUUCCGCAUUUACUCGAAAGCCGAGCAACACGGCGAUGCGAUGAACGUUUUGGUCGAGCACAUCGUCUCGAUUGACCGCGGUCAGCAGUACGCGAACAAGCUCAACAAGCCUGAGAUCUGGUCGCGACUCGGAAAGGCUCAGCUCGAUGGUCUGCGCGUCAAGGAUGCCAUCGACUCGUACGUCAAGGCGGAGGACCCAUCGAACUUUGCCGAGGUUAUUGAGAUUGCAGAGCACGCUGGGCGCGAAGAAGAGUUGAUCCGCUUCCUGCAGAUGGCCCGCAAGAAGGCAAGGGAGCCGCAGAUUGACACCGAGUACGCGUACUGCCUCGCGAAGGCGAACCGACUCGGCGACAUGGAGGAGUUCCUGGGCAUGACCAACGUGGCCGACAUCUUGAGCGUAGGAGAGAAGUGCUUCAACGACGAGCUGUACAACGCCGCCAAGCUCCUCUUCAGCAGCGUAUCGAACCACGCUCGUCUCGCCACCACGCUCGUGUACCUGGGCGAUUACCAGGGCGCAGUCGAGGCUGCUCGCAAGGCAGGCAACACAUCGGUGUGGAAGCAAGUCCACGCCGCGUGCUUGGCCAAGGGCGAGUUCAAGCUGGCGCAGAUCUGUGGUCUCGCGGUGGUACCGCACGCCGAGGAGCUGCCCUCGCUCAUUCGCUCGUACGAGAGGCUGGGCCGCUUCGACGAGUUGCUCAACCUCUUCGAGUCGGCGCUGGGUCUCGAGCGCGCGCACAUGGGCGUCUUCACUCAAGCCGGUAUCGCGCUGGCAAAGUACCGCCCCGAGCGUCUCAUGGAGCAUCUCAAGCUCUACUGGUCUCGCUCGAACCUCCCGCAGCUCAUCAAGGUCGCUCAGUCGUGCCAUCUGUGGUCGGAGCUCGUCUACCUCUACAUCAAGUAUGACGAGAUGGACAACGCGGCGCUCACGGUCAUGGAGCAUCCGGCGGACUCGUGGGACCACGACCAGUUCAAGACGAUCCUGCCCAAGGUUGCCAACAUUGAAAUCUACUAUCGCUCCCUCUCCUUCUACCUGCAGCAGCACCCGCUUCUCCUCACCGACCUCCUCACCGUCCUCGCCGCCCGCAUCGACCAUGCUCGUGUGGUCCGCAUGUUCAGGCGCGCAGACAACGACAAUGUGCCGCUGAUCCGCUCGUACCUCAUGUCGGUGCAGCACCACAACCUCGAGGCGGUCAACGAAGCGUACAUGGACCUGCUCAUCGAGGAGGAGGACUUUGAGACUCUUCGCGUCUCCAUCGACGGGUACGACAACUUUGACUCUCUCGCCCUCGCAUCGCGACUGCAGUCGCACGACCUCCUCGAGUUCCGUCGUCUCGCCGCGCAUCUCUACAAGAAGAGCGAGCGAUGGGAGGAGAGCAUCGCGCUCAGCAAGGCGGACAAGCUGUUCAAGGACGCCAUCGAGACGGCUGCAGUGAGCAAGAGUGUCGAGGUUGCAGAGGAGUUGCUCAGCUACUGGGUCGACAUUGGUCACAAGGAGUGCGUCACUGCCACGCUCUACGCCUGCUUUGACAUUGUUCGACCCGACGUGGUAGAGGAGAUGAGCUGGAGGCACGGACUGAAUGACUUUGUCAUGCCGUGGCGACUGCAGUGGCAGCGCGAGCAGGCUACGCGUGUGAAAGCGCUUGAGCAGGCCGUGCGCGACUUGUCGACGAAGCAGAGCAAGAAGGAAGAAGAGGAGGACGACCAGCCCAUCAUUGGGCCUGGUGGUCUGGGAGGGCAGAAAUUGUUGACUUCAGGGCCGACGGGGGCGACGUGGGGUGCAAAUGGAGGCGGUGGUUACAUGGCGCCGGCUGCGACGGGGAUGUUCUAG